GCACUUUGUUUGGUUUUGCUUCACCGCAAACGUUCGCAUCUCUGAUUUGAGCGUUUUUCAAAGACUCUAAACACCGGAGAGAGAAGGGCCGGAGAUUGUGUAAUCAGCUUCGCAGUUCGCUCCUUCGCUUUCACCACCACGAGGAAUGUUAAAUCACUGGGAUCAUGUGGAUGUGCUGCACACUAGCAGAAUUAGCACGACAAAGAGGCGUUUGGUGACUCUGAGGGAGUUCUCUGACCUAAUGUUGCUUCUACAUGUUGACUGGAACACAAACACUGGUUAUGGCCGCUGUGCUCAGAUUGAAUUCAUAAUCUGCCCUGGCACGAGGAAAGCUUUUGUUGAGGUUGGAGGUGUUUCCCAGUAGUUGGAGGGAUGUGGGUGUCUUAUGUAAGUGGUCGGCGUGGCUUUGAGGCUCACCUGACCGGAGUAACGUGGCCCCUCGGGGAGAUGCUGGAGGAGGAAGAGCUACAUCGACGAGGUCACACACCCCGUGUUUUCCGACUGGCUUCUCUCGUGGAAGAGCGUCUGAUUGGAGAACAGACCACCGCUGACCGACGUUUCUGCAUCAAACACAGGGAAAGCCAACCUGGUCCAGCAUGUUUUAGUUGAUUCCCUGCUUCAACACAGUUGGUUCACAGCAGAAGCCUGCUGAUUAAAAUCAGGUGUGUUUAUUCAGAGACAUCACUAAAACGUGCUGGACUCUGUAGGGCCGGGGUUGCCUACCCUGAUCUAGAAGCACCAGACUCCUGUGAUCCCGGUGGUAGAGCGUUUUGAGUUUGAGGGGAAGAGGCUGUCUUUGUUCUCCGGGAGGAAAUGGCACUCCACCCUGAUUGUGUGACUGUUUCCAGCCCCCCCGCCUCCUCACCUCAAAGCGUCUGUACUUUUACUCCCUUGUUGCUCUUUGGGUCCACAUUGCUCCUGGACACAACUGUCCAAACCUCUUCUGACUACAGCUGAACCCUCGGCGUGUCGCAGGACUCAGUUCUGCUGUUUUUCCUGGUUUACGAUGGCGGAUUGACACGUUUAAUUAUCAAGCUUCAUUGGCCUGCGUCCAAGUCUUUUACGGAUAUCGUCACUCUCUGAUCCUCGUCUCCGCAGCGCUCGGCGUGCAGGCCCGACACAACCAGCUCUCAUGCUGCCUCCCUGGCUCAGCUCAGCCCCUCCGAUAGAGGCGUUUCCAGUGCGAUGGUCUCCUCUGCGUGAGAACCUCCAUCACAGAGAAGCCUCUUAGAGCAGUGCCUAAUCUGGAUGUUAUGGCAGCUGGUCUGAAUUCCCAGACUCCUACCUCUCCGAGAUAAGAUGGAUUUCUGCGGUUUGGACCUGCCUGUUGAACCCGGACCCUCUCCGUCUUAGUUUCACCUUGGAACCUGCUCAUCCUGCCUUCCUUCCUCAUUGAGUUAAUUCUUUGGAUACACACUGGAGAGUUGGAACUUUGUGGUUUCCGAAUGCUCCCAGUGCCUCCAUGGCUUGCUGUUUCAGGUCCCACUAUAGAAGCUGGACCCUUAACACGCCUCUCCCAGAUGAUGAAGCCGAGCAGCACCACAGCACCGUUGUGGGAGAGGGGGGCAGCACCGGGGAUGGCACCCCUCCCCCAAAGCGCAAAGGCAAGUUUUCCACCCUUGGCAAGAUCUUCAAACCCUGGAAGUGGCGGAAGAAGAAGAGCAGCGAGAAGUUCAAGGAAACAUCUGAAGAGCUGGAGAGGAAGAUGUCGACGAGGCGUACGCGACAGGAACUGAUAGAACAAGGAGUGCUGAAGGAGGUCCCAGACAACGAUGCAGACUCACAGAAUGUAAAACAAACCCAUGUGAAAAAUGGUCACACUCUUCCUGUCGGGGUUGGAGGACCAGGAGGGAUCAGCUCUGUUAGGAGCCCGUCCAACCAGGCCACAGCCCCAGCAGACUCAGACUUUAGGAUGAACCCUGUGAGGUUCACCCAGCCGGAGGAUCGCAGGGGCCACUCGCCCCCCGAUGGACACCACCGCGGAGCUUUAAGCUCCAGGGGCACAGGAAUUGAAGAGGUGUGGAGAAGUGGAGGAAUGGGGACACGCGCACAUGGGGAGGGGGAGUGGAAGUCUAACCUGGCUCGGCACGGGCAGAUUCAUGAGCAGAAGGAGGGAGGAAGGUGUGGGGGCAGACUUUACCCCGAGGAUGGAUACAGGAGGCCGGGGCUGCAGAAGGCCCCGUCAGAGGACGGCAGGAGGAGCCGGCCUGCAGAAGCAGACUGGAAGCCCACGCUCCCUCGACACGCAUCUGCAGAGGAGGGGAGAGCUCGCAGAGAGUCAGACAGCCAUUUUGUUCCUGACCCAGACGCCCUGCAGGACAGCCUGCGUGAACCUCUGCCACCUAAACAGUCCGUCGUACCUCCAAAGUGGCUGAUCAGUUCGACCCCAGAGCCCGGCAGCAACGGUCCGCCGCGGACACCGUCCAACCACCUCCCCCCUCAGUUUUCCUCCCCCUCCACCGCGACGUCCAAACCCGUCCGGUCUGUGGCUUCUGCGGGUACGAGCACUCAGCAGACCUCCACCUCUCAGACCACCAAGCAGCCCCCCCCGCCUCCACCCAAGCCAGUGAACAGGGGCAACGCCGCCAUGCUGGUCUCCGCCCUGCAGGGGGGAGAAAACGCUCAGCUUCCCCUCUACUGGUCCUGCUGGAAGCGAGAGUGCGACUAUGAUGUCUACCUGUCCCUGCCCGUCUAUCUGUGCCGGCGGGCCGGAGGCCUGCGCUCAGGUGACUUCACACAAGCCCCGGGGGGGGCCAGUCUACAUCCAGCCAAGCCGUCACCUCCAAUGCCUCCGAAGAGGACCACUCCGGUCACGAAACGCAGCACAGAGGACUCCGCCCAGAACCAUCCCAUAAGUCCCUCCCCUCUUUCUGUCGAGGACAACAGCGGCCUCCCCGUAAGUUUCCAGCUGCCCCCUCCUCCCCCCUCCCCGCCCCUCCCUGCUCACAUACCGCCCUCUCCACCUCGCCAGCACAUACACACCCACCACCUCCACCAUCAGCACUCGUACCCUCACCCGCUCCCCCAGCCCAUACCGAUGCUGUUCGACCCCCCGAGCCCGACCGCGGAGUCCCCCCAACGCCCGGCCCCUGUCCCGCUGCACAUCAUGAUCCAGAGAGCCCUGUCCAGUCCCGGCCCGGCGCAGCCGCACCCGGACGGGUCGCAGCGUGCUCACGCGUUACUGUUUGAAACUCCUCUGGAUUACCAGGGCGAUCGCUGUCGGCCUCUGCCCGUCAGCAUCCAACCGCUAAAACUAUCUGAAGAUGACUACUCAGAGGAGGAAGAAGAGGAGGACGAUGAGGAAGAGGAGGAGUACAAUGGUGAGAUCCCUCAGCCUGAGCUGGAGCCUCGGAGUCGCCGGUGCCUGGUGGGUGAUGCUGGCAUUUGCAUCAUCCCUGGAGGAAACAGCAGUGAUGAAGAGGAGGAGGAAGACGAGGAUGGAGACCAUAAGAGAGAGGACAGUGAGUCAGAUGCUCCUAAAGACGAAGACUCUGACGAGGAGGACGAACCCCCGCCGAGUGCCCUGGCCAGCAGGGUGAAGAGGAAGGACACGCUGGCUCUGAAGCUCAGCAGCCGCCCCUGUGCCCCCGACAGGGACCGCUUCACUCAGGAGAGGAGCAGCAGGGAGGACCAGCCUCCAGGGCAGACGGGCCUCACCUGGCAGAGCAGGGAGCAGUGGGAGGCCAUCCGCACGCAGAUCGGCACGGCCCUCACGCGACGACUUAGCCAGAGACCCACUGCCGAGGAGCUCGAGCAGCGAAACAUCCUUCAGCCCAAGAACCAGGCUGACAGACAAGCUGAGGUUCGUGAAAUCAAGCGGCGGCUGACCAGAAAGCUGAGUCAAAGACCCACGGUUGCAGAACUACAGGCGAGAAAGAUCCUGCGGUUCCACGAGUACGUGGAGGUCACCGAGGCCCAGGACUACGACAGGAGGGCGGACAAGCCGUGGACCAAGCUGACUCCGGCCGACAAGGCAGCCAUCCGGAAGGAGCUCAACGAUUACAAGAGCACUGAGAUGGAAGUUCAUGAAGAAAGCAGAAUUUACACGAGGUUUCAUCGGCCUUAGCAUCCACAAGCACUUAAGAUUUUUGUGAAGAACAAGCUGCUCCGUGUGCAGAUUCCCCUUCUUACCUUUCUGGAAUGUGCCGUGCUGUUGAUCAGGGAAAGCCUGGAACUGACUCUGGAUGCUUGUCGCUUGCCCUCCGCUGCACUCUCUCUCUCUCCCCCUGCACUGCUUGUGCUGAACUGAGGAGGUGGUGGGUGAGGACUAGAUGCAGUAUUUCUCCCGGACAACAGGGGGAGCCACGUGCCAACGAAGGACCUAACGAACCACAGGGCUCUCUCUCCCCCUGCUGCUGUGUGGCGCCCCUCAGGGACUCGGAUUAGUGAAAACCUUUAACGCGGCCUCAUUCUGUGUUGCCUUUUUUUCCUUUACUGCAUAUGAAACACUAACUCAUCUUGCUGAUGUAAUAUCUUACAAUUAAAGCGGUAAUAAUAAGAAUGACCUAUCACACAGUAAUAAUAGGUAAGCGGGGCUGGGUCGGGAGAGGAUGGAGAAGCUUUAGAACAGGGCAUCUCGGGGAUAUUGUGUUUUAUAUAUUGAUUGUGUACAGACUGUUAAACCUUAGAAUGCAAUGAGGAAAUAUUCUGUAAUGCACAAGAUGUUUUAUUUUGUAAUUCUGAUUACAUGGUAGUGACCGCUUUUAUUCAAGCCUUUUUUAUUUGUCUGCCUGUGUUUGUGAUGUGCGGUGGCCAAUUACUCUAGCGUUACGGAGAAGGAGGCGGCCGAGUGGGAUGUCGGUGUGUGUGCCAACAUCAGCGAUGCCUCAAGGACUGAUAGGAAACGGACUGCGAUCUGCUGCACGAGCCAACAUGGAGUCCAGUGCCAUUAUACCUGGAUGAUCUCUCCUCAUUUAUACUUUUUAUGAGUUUUUGUACUUCCCUUUAAAGAUCAGACUUCUGUAGCCGUUUUUGAGUAGGGUCUUGAAGGUAGCGUCUGUACAGAGAGUUUCACACGAACAUAGAUCAGGGAUUUAUCAAAAACGUCUGAAAACGUAUAAACGGUGAACUGGGAGUCGCUUUGAAGCUGCAGAUGUUUUAACUGGUUUUAUUUUUUUGGUCUGGCCAGUAGCUGAAGGGGUUCUCUCUGCUGUACAGGUGGACAGGUUUAACUAUUGCUUCUGUAUAUCUUGUCUUCCUUCCAAUUAAGAAGAAUUUAAAGUAUUAUAGGUUGCUAUUUUUUUAAGUGCAGAACAUUAGUUUAUGAUUCAUUGCUACAAGAAUGGAAAUAUGAAAGUGAACUUUUUCCUGGAAAAGUUAAGUUUGUUUUCAGUUGGAUGUGAAAUUCUGACAGUUUUAACUGUAAAUAGUCACGACUGAAUCUAAUUAAAUAAAACUCUCUGAACCUCCUGUGAAA